GGAACCGGACAAGCAGUCAAAGCACUCACCAAUCAGUAAUCACCAGUCUCGCUGCGGCACUAAGUAACUGCGCUUGUGCCUGUUCCGCCUCUAACCGUGCCGCUUACAAUAUUUACAACGCGAUUGUGAAUACAAAAUUACUUAAAAGUGAAUAUUUAGGUGUGUUUUGAGGACGUGUCAAGAGUUUUAUUCAUUUGCAUUUGAUAUAUUGCUUAUAUCGCUAGUUUUGACGAGUAACGUUCGCGAUGCCGGCGCAAGCUGAAACCAAAGUUAUUCUACGUGAAGUGACACCUGAAAUUUCACAACACAUGCUGUCAGAUGUCACAAAAUUGCCUGGCGUACAACUCGGAGACUAUUUCCUCCAGUUUGAACUAGAAGAGCCGAGGGAUUCCGUUCAAGAAAUAGCCAGGAGAGAAUUGCGGGAGACGCCGGAAAUUGUAAAGCCGGCUGUUGAAGAACUAAGACGACUAUUAGAAGCGGACAAAGACCUGUUAGUUCCGCUUGAUAGAGACGCUUGGCUCAUAAGGUUUUUGCGGCCAUGCAAAUUCUAUCCAGAGAGCGCGUAUGCUUUGAUAAAAAGAUACUACGCUUUCAAAGUAAAACAUCAUAAGCAAUAUGACGGCCUCACGCCCAGCAAGGAGCAAAAUAUCUUCAACCAGAACGUACUUCGUGUACUACCCAACCGCGACCAGCUCGGCAGAAGAGUCCUCGUCCUUGAAUUAGGAAAGAAAUGGAACCACAGCAAAUGUUCUUUGGACGAGGUGUUCAAGGGCUGUGUGCUGUUUCUGGAGGCGGCCAUGUUGGAGCCCGAGACACAGAUCUGUGGCGCCGUCGUCAUAUUUGAUAUGGACGGCCUUUCAAUGCAACAAGUCUGGCAAUUCACGCCGCAAUUCGCUAAGCGGAUAGUUGACUGGCUACAGGAAAGCAUUCCACUCCGAAUUAAAGGCUUAUACAUCAUCAACCAACCCUACAUAUUCAACAUGGUGUUCCAGCUAUUCAAACCAUUGCUCAGAGAAAAGCUGCGCUCGCGCAUUGUCUUUAUGGGCAGUGAUAGAGAGCUUCUAUACAAGUACAUAAGCCCUAAAUGCCUCCCAGAUUGCUAUGGAGGAACUCUAUCUAUACCGAAUGUCACUGGACCACAGUGGCUGGAACUGCUGAUGAUCUGUGACACGGAGUUUGCAGCAAUCAACAACUACGGAUACAAGAAGAAGUAACAUACUUUUAAUAAUGGUAGAUUACUCAUAAAAUAUUUAAAUUACAAAAUUGUGAUAUUUUACUUUAAGAUGUUUGUAAACAUCACUAGUUUUAAGAUGUGGGAUAUAAUUUGUUGUAGGUACAUGGAAAUACUUAUAUUAUUCUAAAAUUUAAGUAAAUAAAAACCACUAUACUGUGGACUUUAGGAUAAUGUUGUAAUGUACUCGUAUACACAUAAGCUAUUCGAUUUUUACUUUAAUUAUUGCAUAACUUUAUUUGAUAUUAUAAAUUAAUCCCUAUCUCGGAUUUGACUACAAAAAAUAUUUUUCUUAAAGUUUUAAAAAUGGAUUAAUAACAAUGUCAAACAAAGAUAAAUUUCUUUCCAUCUUUUUUUACUAAUUCCAAAAUUGCCUCGAGUAUCAUGCCAUCAGUAAAUAAUAAAUGUAUGGUUUUUUUUUUCAAUUAAAAAUAAAAAUACCUUUUUCCUUAUUAUUCAAUAGGCGCGACCUGUGAUAUUUAAAAAUACAUUCUUUUAAUUUUUAAAUAUAGAAUAAUAAUAUAUGAACACUAUAUAUUGUAUAUAAUUUGACGCGUUUACAUUCGCUUACAUGUGUAUUUGCUAUUCGUAUAUGAAGUUUUUUUAAAAAAUGUUUUAAAAAAAGUCGAUAAUGAAUCGAUACAUUUCAGCUGUUAACAACAAAUGAAAUUAUAAAACCUUUAGUUAAAUUAUUUACUAUCACUUAUUUUACACGUUGUCUUUAUGAUCGAAUGAUUUUAUAAGUUGAAUUUUUAAUUAAUCUCAUAUAAAUGUGUUAUACUUUAGAUUAAUGAAUAAUAUUAUGUAAAUGACCUAAUAAAUAUUAUCGUUAUAUUGUAUUGCUAAAAUACAUAUGUAUAAAUUCCAUCUAUGAAAUAUUACGUGGAACAGGGUUCAAUCGUUGCAUAUUUUAUAUUGAAGCUAUAAUGUCUAGGUUAGAGGUUUCAUAUGAAAUGUUUUUUUUUUUUAAAUAAAAAAUGAUAUUUAAAAUUAAUUCCGUGCAAUCUCAAUAUGACUUAAUUUCAUGGUAUAUUUUAAGUACAUACUUAUAAAUUGCGGUAUCGUAUGUUCGAAUUAUUUGAAGUUUUGUAUAAAUGUAUAAUAUAUGUUUUGUAUAAUUUGUAUUUAAAUUAACUAAUGCAUAUUAUUCCUAUAUAUUUUUUUUAUAUUUGGGUAGGUUGAUAAUAAUUAUGUAAUAAGUUCAAAUUUUAUUUUAAUAUAAAAAGUACCGCCAUUUUAUUGUUUUCAAUAAGAAACAUCACUUUUCAAGUUUUUAAAACGAAUUAUUGCAUAUAUACGUAUUGAAAGUAUGUAGCAAAAUCUUUGCAACUAAAUACGGUGAUAUUAAACUAUUGUCGGAUGAAAUGAUAAUAAAAUUUUUAUAAUUAUA